AUGGAGGCAAAGUGGGAAACAGUUGAUCAUGGCCCACGCGUUAGGGAAUUCUAUGCACUUUCAUCAACUUGGACCACCAAUAAUCACCUAGUUUCCAUGCUUAGAGAAUGUUCUAAGCCUGAGUUGGUUGCAGUUGUCCUACAUUAUUUUAGGUUAUUAAAGGAAAGAAAACGCCUAUCUUUCGCUUUGCUAGCAUUGCAUUCCAGGACCAUGCCAGACAAGCUCGGACGCCAUAUUAAUGUGAAAGACUAA